GGCUUCAGGAAACGUUCAUGAUUUUGUUUUUUCCUUUCCUGACGCUCUCUUCGGCAAACAGCCUCAAAUUUGGGGUGGGGCUGAUGAACAGGAGGACAAUCCAUGUGGGUAGGAGGGAGAGUGAGUAUCCUGCUUUUCCAGCAGGGACUUUGCCAUUGACUGUGAGGUUGCCCUCCUUCUCCUGGCUAUGGACCCCCUCAAGGCGCAGCAGUUGGCAGCCGAGCUGGAGGUGGAGAUGAUGGCCGACAUGUACAACAGGAUGACCCACGCCUGCCAUCGCAAAUGUGUGCCCCCCCACUACAAGGAAGCCGAGCUCUCGAAGGGCGAGUCAGUCUGCCUUGACCGCUGCGUCGCCAAGUACCUGGACAUCCACGAGCGCAUGGGCAAGAAACUGACAGAGCUGUCCAUGCAGGACGAAGAGCUAAUGAAGAGGAUGCAGCAGGGUGCUGUGGCACAGUGAGGGCACCGCGGGCAUGGAGAGACCACCAUCAAUAAACUCUGCCCUCCACAGUC